AUGCCACCCAAGCGCAUGACAGCGAACCCGCUGAAGCCUUCGCGGCAUCGCGCGGGCAAGCACGUGGGCGCCGACUCCUCAUCCGACUCUGAUAGCGACGCCGACGAAGCAACCACCGCGCGCGCCGCCGCCGCCAUCCCGCCGCCCCCCAAGGCCGCCAGCGCGGGCAAGAUUAUCAGCAACCUAAGCAAAGUCGACCUCGAUGCGCGUCGGAAAGAAGCGCAAGCGAUAGAGGCACGACGGCUGGCUGCGGAAAAAGCCGCGCGGCUGGCCGCCGAGGAUGGUUUCGUAACAGACGACGAAAGCGACGCCAAAAACGACAACAACCCCGACGAGGACGGUUCCGAAGAGGAGGAAGAGGAGUCAUCGGACGAAGAGGAGAGCAGCGAGGACGAAGCGCCACGACGAAUGAUGAUGCGACCCAAAUUCAUACCCAAGAGCCAGCGCGGCGGCGGCGGCAUCAGCGGAGGCCAGACGCCGGCAGAAGCAGAGGAAGCGGCGCGGCUGGCUGAAGAGGCCGCGCGCAAGCGGGCCGCCGACGAGCUGGUCGAGGAGCAGAUCAAAAAGGACCUGGCGGCGCGCGCCGCGGGCAAGAAGCACUGGGAGGACGACGACGACGACGCGGCCUCGGACGUGAGCACGACCGACGGGCGCGACGAGGCCGCCGAGGAGGCCGCCUGGCGCGCCCGCGAGGCAGAGCUCGCCGAGGUCGAGCGCCGCCGCCACCUGACGGCCGAGGAGCGCGCCGCCGAAGACGCCGCGUACCUCGAGUCCCAGCGGCGCGAAAAGGACGGCCGCGGCACAAUGGCCUACAUGCAAAAGUAUUUCCACAAGGGCGCCUUUUUUCGGGAUGAGGCCGAGGCGGCGGGCUUGCUGCAGCGCGACCUGAUGGGGGCGCGCAUCGCCGACGACGUGCGCAAUCGGGAGGCUCUGCCCGAGUACCUGCAGCGGCGCGACAUGACGAAGCUCGGGCGCAAGGGCGCGACCAGAUACAAGGACAUGCGGACCGAGGACACGGGGUCUUGGGGUGUUGGUGUUGGUGUUGGUGGUGGUGGUGGUAGUGGUAGUGGCGGUGGGAGGAGGGGCGGCGGCGGCCGGUGGGAGGAGGAGGAUGAGCGCUUCAGGCCGGAUGAGAGGCCGGGCGGAAAGGGAGCGAAUGCGAUGCCGCUCGGGGAGAGGCGAGGAGACGACAGGAGAAGACGCUCGAGGUCGCGGUCGCCGAGGAGGGGCGAGGAUCGGGAGGGGAUUGUGAGGAAGAGGAGCUCGUCGCGGGAACGUGGCGAGGACAAGCGACGAAGAGUGGAAGCAGACCGGUAG